GUAAGAAUGACUUCGUACAGGCAGACUGGACUCAUGUGGCUGCUCUUCAACAUCCUCCUCUUCUUCACAGGUUUCAGUGGAGAUACUUCAGUGGAUGCGUACUCCAGUGUGGGAGAUACCGCCAGAUUACCAUGCAGCCAUAGUGGUUCUUUUGAAUGUUCCUCAAUUAUGUGGGGCUUCAACAAUCAAACAUCCAAAAGCACUAUUGAAUUGGUCACAGAUGGGAAGGUCAAAAAGGAACAUGAAAAGGAACCAGGAAAGCUGAAAGUGGGAUCUGACUGCUCUUUGCACAUUAAUAAUCUUACCACUGCUGAUACUGGGCAUUACUUCUGUCGACUGUAUCACAAUGAAGAAGAUUAUGAAGAUGCUCCUCAUAUUUGCUUAUCUCUUCUCAGCAUCUCUUCAUCCCCUCCAGUGACAGAGCUGAAGAUUGGUAGUACAGUUAGUCUUCACUGUCAACUUCAUAGUCAUAGGCCUUGUAGACAUAGCAUGAGAGUGACCUGGGUUAGUGAGACAGGAAACCCACUGCAAGGAGCCAGGUACAAGGUGUCAGAGACCCAGUGUUCUUCCAGUCUGACUCUGACACUUGAGCGCUCCGACCGCAACAUGAAGUGGAGAUGUCAGCUAACUGAGGGGGAGGAACAGAAGGCCUCACUCAGUUACACCACCAGCUUCCCUGGGGCAGAGUGA